AUGGAGCACACGCUACGGUCCCCGCCCACCAUCAGACGCCGGUCUUCACACUUCGCUUUUCGCAAGAACGAUUCAUCCUCAAGCUCGCUCUCAAACCUCUCUUAUCCUCAGAUACCGUCUCGUCGUUCCUCACUGUCCUUGUGCGCAGGGUAUGAUUCAAACUCGAGUGCGUUGGCGACUUCGACCAGAACGCCUUCACUCGAUGAUAGCCUUUGCAACAUCCAAGUGGUGAAGAUUCGUCAAGCCAACGCUGCCAAGAGCCAAGAUACCCAGAAGAGCAAGUGCCUUGAUGCGAGCGAAGACCCAUUUCUUGACUGUACUCCUCGGCGCCGUGCUCUGCCUCGUGAGCUCAUGACUAGGAGCGGAUAUCAGUUGGCACCACAAUUGCUCGUUCGCUGGAGCUCUGGAUCAUACGCCUCUCUCGGCACUUCAUCAGAGUUGAAUUCAUCAUUGGAAUCAAACAAAAUGGGCCAACUCACAAAUCCCAUGUCACAACAAGAUUCCCGAGUAGGAAGCGGACAUUCGUCACAUCCAAGUACGGAAUCGGAUAUGAUGUGUCCUUUGGAGCUCCCUGUGACUUUUUCCAAGGUCAGAUCUUACGCAGGCAGACCAUGCAUAGGCGCAGACAACCUUAUGUCUGCAUGGACCUCAGUGAAUGUGAUCGCCGACGUCAAUCCCAUCCCAUUGCCUGAGAGCUCCAAACUUGCACCUCUCGAUCUAGUCAUACUACUUGAUAGUCUGAAGCAACCUUUCGUGAGUGAUUUGACGCCAAUGGUUGUUGCAACUUCGAUCUUGAUCUCGAACCUCGUCGCCAACAACGAUAGGCUGGCUAUUGCUUGCGUUGAUGGAAGUACAAAAAAGGGGUUCGAACUGUUGCUUCCGCUUGGGUUUCAUUCAUUUGAGUCAACAAGAGCUGCACUGGACGCCUUCUCACUGGAUCAGCUGAAGAAGAAAAGAAAACCAUCCCCAGAUGUAAGCCACUCAAUUCGGCGGGUAUCUCGCCUAUUUUGUCCCUCCCCCAGGGCAGCUUUUGGCCAUUUGGUGUUUGUUUCUGCAAAUCCUCAUCCUGUGAAUACUUUGACCAUAUCUGGCAUUGAUCGGGCUAUCGGAUUCAACACGAUAUCUCCACAUCCUCGUUUCCCACUGGAGACCACGAGCCAUCCACUUGGGUGGCACAUUUUCUAUGAUGAGAAUGCAGAUGAUGCCCAAGCUGGCGGUUCUCACUUCAUGAGCAAGGUAUCCAAAGUCGUUCGACAGCUUCGCACCGGAAUCAGUGCUGGUUUCAUAUCCAACCUCGACCUCUGUUUUCAAUUGGGCCCAGGAUGUACUUUAGAAUCUGCGCUGGAAUGCACUCAACUGCAACGACUGAGACCCGGCGAGACGUGGAUUCUCAAAACAAAAGUCGGCAUCCCUAUUGAUUUCUAUGAGAAGCCUCACUUAACCGAGCACCCGAUCAUCCGAGACCUGGUCAGCCAAAUCAACGAGGUUAUCAGGAUGUACUCGUCGCAGCCUAUUGCACAGCACAUUCUCAGCGCCAACUUGAAAUAUCAACACUCUUUGCUUCCAGCACCGCAUGAAGUUUCGUUGGAAACCCAUUGUACCGUUCCCCGUCCAGUCGACGUUGGAUUUCAUUUUCCUUCGGAAGAUGAAAAAGCGGCACUCAUGGGAUACGAGGAUGAUGAUGGAAUUAGCGCUGGCUUGGGGUCCACAAGUGACGGUAGUUGA